CUGACGAACUAGGAAGUCCAUGACAACAAAACCUCUGCAGCUGGCUAAUGCUAACCCCUUCAUGUUUUGACACUAACAGAAGAAAUGCAAUGAUGGUUUUCGAGCAAGAUUUGAAACUCUGCCUCUAGAAAGGCGCUGGCGUGGAUGGUUAGAGUCUAAAAGACAGAACAGAUUGAACAUCUUCCAGCCUUUCAGACGACUUUCACAUUUCCAGGUAACUCCCAUGUCUUCUGGCGGUCCCCCUCAGUCACCUGCUGUGGCAAAGUCUGAGGUAGCAGUAGAGGGAGAAUGCCCGCUGCUGGCUGCCACCUUUGCCUACUGGGACAACAUCCUGGGUCCUCGUGUGCGCCACAUUUGGGUUCCAAAGGGCGAUCAGGUGAUGUUCCUCAGUGAUGGAGAGGUGACAUUUUUGGCCAAUCAUACACUUAACGGGGAGAUUCUGCGCAGUGCUGAGUGUGGUGCUGUGGACGUAAAGUUCUUUGUCCUGGCGGAGAAGGGUGUCAUCAUCGUGUCUCUCAUCUUCGAUGGCGAGCUGAAGGGGGACAAGAACACAUGUGCCUUGUCCAUCAUUCUGCCUCAGACGGAGCUGGCCUUCUACCUGCCUCUGCACACUAUCUGUGUGGAGAGGCUGAAACAUGUUAUCCGCAAGGGACGCAUUUGGAUGCAGAAGGGCUUCAACAUCAUCUCAGUGCUGAGUCUGGAGAUCGUCCCUAUCAUGGAGCUGUUGGCCUCCAUGAAGACACACAGUGUGCCAGAGGAUGUAGAUAUAAAAGACACGGUGCUAAAUGAUGAUGACAUCGGGGACAGCUGCCACGAGGAUUUCCUCCACAAGGCCAUCAGCUCUCAUCUCCAGACUUGCGGCUGUUCAAUAGUAGUCGGAAGCAACCCGGAGAAAGUAAACAAGAUUGUGCGGACACUUUGCCUCUUCCUCACCCCUGCCGAGAGGAAAUGCUCUCGCCUCUGCAAGGCUGACUCCUCCUUCAAAUAUGACACGGGCCUGUUUAUUCAGGGUCUGCUCAAGGACUCCACGGGCAGCUUCGUCCUGCCCUUCCGCCAGGUUCUCUACUCGCCUUACCCAACAACGCACAUUGACGUCGACAUCAACACGGUCAAGCAGAUGCCGCCGUGUCACGAACACACGUACAACCAGCGCCGCUACAUGAGGUCCGAGCUGAGCACGCUCUGGAAGACGGACAGCGAAGAGGAGAUACCGCCCGACACAAUCAUUCACACCGAUGAAACCUUCACACCUGACCUGAAUAUAUUUCAAGAUGUCAUGCAUAAAGACACUUUGGUGAAGUCAUUUAUAGACGAGGUGUUCAUGCUGAAGCCGGGCCUGUCCCUGCGGAGCACUUACCUGGCCCAGUUCCUGCUGCUGCUCCACAGGAAGGCCCUCACGCUGCUCAAAUACAUCGAGGACGACACGCAAAAAGGGAAGAAGCCGUUUCGGUCCUUGCGCAACUUGAAGACGGACCUGGAUCUGACGGUGGAAGGAGACCUGAACAUUGUAAUGGCCUUCGCCGAGAAGCUGAGGGCAGGUCUGCACUCGUUUGUGUUCGGGAAGCCAUUCUACACCAGCAUGCAGGAGCGAGAUGUGCUCAUGAGCUUUUGACUCUGUUCUUCAUCUGCACUUUAUGUAACAGAAGGAAGCAGACUUCCAUGUUGUGUUGUUUUAUGGUUUGUUUCAUUGUUAUAUGAAAGUGUGCACCAGUGUAUUCCGCCAUUAGACAAUUUAUUUCUGCUUUGCUGAAAUGAAAAGAACAUUUUGCCUUUUUUGUGUCUUCAAAGACUGAUUGUUACUGCUGUUAUGAGCCAUCAGAAUUCAAGUUUUGAUAUGUUGCCUUUAUCAUGUGUAAGCAUAAUGUGAGUUUAAUGUUUUCAGAAGACUUCAAUUAUUCUGUGCCAGAUGAAUUAUUCAUGUGUUCUUUGUCUUCUGUUAAUAGAAGGUCUGUAUUCAUUUGACUGAGGUGCCCACCAGGACGUUUGCAAUUUAAUUUAAAUUUCUAUUUAUUAAAACGUGAGGUCUUAGUUUCUUCACCGCCUGUGUUAUAUGACAGCCUCAGUUUGGCCUUUGAAUCUUUUGAACUCAUGGAUUAACCUUUUCAAAAAUUCAAUUAAUGAACGUGUAUGCUGAACGUGAAUGUUGCAGUACAUUGCCACUAAAAGGUUGUGAGUAAUCAUAAAGAAUGGAGAUUUCAUUAAAGGAGAAAAGACAAAAGCACUGCAAAUGAAAUCUUAACACAAUCCCUCCUGAUGAGGCAGACCUGUGUUUGUCGCUGACGGCGAGUGUCAUCAUUAAAUGCAUUUACCCAGCUGUGCGUAAAAUGGAUUUGCACAGGCAAUUUUUUUUCUUUUCCUCCCGUAGCAACGGUGCAACUAUUUGUUGUUAGGAUAAUCCAGCAUCACUGCAAACACAACUUUUCUGCGGUGUUGAAGUCAAGUAAUUUAGUUUAUGUGCUUUGAGAAUUGCGCCCAAAAAUGUUAUUUGUUUUGACAUUGUAAUAUGUUGAGUUGAUGAGUUUGUGCCAUGUGUGCAUUUUUACUGUUUACAUACAAUUUGAAUGAAUAUAUGAAUAUAGAACAGUGCAUCAACAGACAUUUACCCAAUUUCCACCGCUUUUUACUUUAUUGCUUACUUUGUUUUAACAGAGGAAUUUAUCUAAUUUUACAUCAACUUAUGUAUAUCGGGCAAUGAACAAUAAAGAGUAAUCACCAACUUUUACACUGUUUGUUGCUAUGUACUAUGGAACUGAUAAAAAAAAUGUUCCUCAUUAAUGGAGUAAAGCUGAAUAACAAUGAAGUAAAAAUGGAUUUAGAUGAUG